AAAUUAGCAGUUUUUCUUCUGAGAGUAUCACUGUGAUAUAGUAUUGUCUUAGAGAGAGAGAGAGAGAGAGAGAUAGAUGGGUGGUUUCUCUUCCCACAAUUUGGCCUUUGCAUUUGGCCUUCUAGGAAACGUUAUCUCAUUCUUCGUGUUUCUUUCACCGCUGCCAACCUUCUACAAAAUAUACAAGAAGAAAUCAACUGAAGGGUUCCAAUCAGUCCCCUACGUUGUUGCCUUGUUCAGUGCCAUGUUGUUGAUGUACUAUGCAUUUCUCAAGGACAGCGAUGGCAUUCUUAUCAUCACUAUCAACUCAUUUGGUUGCUUGGUCGAGACGGUUUACAUCGUCGUUUACCUCUUCUAUGCACCCAAGAUGACUAAGGUCUACACAAUCAAACUACUUUCGCUGAUGACUGUCGGUUUCAGCCUAAUCGUUAUCCUAACUCAAUUUCUUGCAAAAGGCCCAACUUGCCUCCAGAUUGUUGGUUGGAUUUGCCUGGUGUUUUCUGUGAGCGUAUUUGUUGCACCUCUCUGCAUAUUGAAACAAGUGAUACGAACCCAAAGCAUAGAGUACAUGCCCUUUUCCCUAUCCCUUUCCCUCACUCUGAACGCGGUCAUGUGGUUCUUCUACGGCCUUCUAAUCAAAGACUUCAACGUUGCUAUUCCAAAUGUGCUUGGCUUCAUCUUCGGGAUAAUUCAGAUGGUGCUUUACGGGAUUUACAAGAGAAAAGGCACGAAGAAAUUAGCAUUGGUCCUCGAGGGGCAAAAGAUCAUGGCCACGAUCGAUGCUCAUCAAAUGCUGGAGAAGCAAGUGAUUGCGGAUCAAGUGAUCGAUGUCGCGAUGCUGAGCGAGAUGGUGGCCGUUUGUCAAGAGACCGUUCCACUGGCGCUUUGUGCUGCCAAUGAACUGGACGAUCAUACUGCUGCAGAGCUUGUGUUGGCUAAGGCAAAUUAAUCGAUGGGGAAUUUAUAAGCUGGCUAAGCCAAAUUAAUGGGAAAUUUAUUAUUUGGGUACUUAAGGGUUAAUUUGUGUGUCCAAGUGGUUAUGUAAUUCUAUAGUUAAUUAUUUCUACGUUUGAUUAUGUUUAUGUACUUGACUACUACAUAUCUUAGUCGAUCCAAGUAAUUGGAAACC